AUGAUUCGUGAUUAUCUUCAAUUGAAUUACUCAUCAACUGCAUUCAGUACGACGAAAGACCCCUAUGCAGAUUCAAAGGCUACUUUAUAUGGUGAUAUACAUAGAGUACGGCGUUAUUUUCAUUUUGUUACAAAGACACUUGAUCACAUACCUUAUCUGGAUCGACAAGCCGUCGAUUUAUCCAUAAAAGAAAUACGGAGAACAUACGAUGAUGAUGGCAAUGUUCUCAGCAACAUUCAUGGAUAUUUAAGAACAUUCUGUAUGAAAAAUACUGUUUUUAGCGCUCAUGAAAACGAACAACAACGUGUAAAAUGGAUUAAAGAACUCAAAGAAAAACAACAAGCAGCUAAUGAAUUGCGCGAGAAACUACCAGUGUGUGACAAAAAAUGUCAAGAACUUCAGAAAUCUAUUGAAGUACUUCAGUUACGUCGAGAAAAUUUUAAUAUACAAAUAAAAGAUUUGGCUAAAUCUCUAAAUGUGGCUUCGAUACAGAAACUUGCAAGUCUACGUACAGGAAAGGCAGAAGUAGAAAACGACAUGAAAAAGAAAGAAGAGCUCCUUGCCAAACAUGAUCUGCUGUAUAUGAAAACUUCAGGAGAACUCAUCGAAUAUGAGGCACGGAUUAAAGAUCUUGAAGGUUUUCUCAAACUGGACCUUGCAGAUGAACAACGAAAGUUGAAAGUGAAGUUUGGAAGAGGACUGCUACUUUACGGGCCGCCGGGAACAGGUAAAUCCGAACUUUUAAAACGAGCUGCUGUAUUUGCUGGCAUUACUACAACAACAACUCCAUUAGCUGCUGGUGAACUUAAUCGACCCCAUGUUGGCGAAACAGAGAAGUUACUUGUCGAUAUCAUGUAUCGUUCAAACCCUAUAUCCUAUCUGAUUUGUGCGAUGAUAAUCGACGAGAUUGAUGGGCUUGUUCCUAAACGGGAUAAUAAUGCUCAACAAUCCAAAGUAGACGGUAUUAGCGUUCUUCUCUCACACAUUGAAGGUGUAAAAAAUAUUCCAAAUUUAAUUGUACUCGGCGCCACGAAUCGUAGAAAUAUGAUGGAUGAAGCAUUUUUGCGUCGCAUGCAGGCGAAAUGUUUUGUGGGUCGACCAUCACCUAAAAUUCGAGAAAAAAUGCUCCAACCAUUAAUAGUGAAAGAUCCGCAUACGUUCACGAGACAUCGCAUCGAUUUUCUUGUUAAGAUAACGACAAACUUUAGUGGGGCUGCUGUUGGUGCCCUAAAAUCAAGUAUUAUUGUUGCCUUAGAUCAAGGUCAAACACUGAAUCGGGAUGUUCAAACCAGUUUGCAGACUUCACAAUUCCAAACGAGUUCACCCGAUCUUCAAUCAACAUCCGCAAUUGUCAUUCCUUCAGUUGAAGCGGGUGCACUUAGUAAGUAUGAACUACUUACGUUAGCCGAUGGUGCAGCACGAGAAUUUAGCUGUUGGUUUGGUAUUGGAACGCUACCCGGUAUCUUUCGUCUUUACCCAAAUAUGUGUUCGAGUUCUGAUCAAGAAAGGUACUCACUUGCAUUGCCAAAUCAUGUUCCAUCUGGUCGAAUUCUUGUCAAUUUAAGCGAAAAGAAAUGUAUUAUUGAAGUAGCUGGAGAUGAUUUAUCACUUGAACACGAAUUAGAUGAACAAGAAACAUGUACAUUAGCACUUCUGUCCCGUUUUAUUAAUGGGUGCUCGAGUCGAAAUAUCGAUACUAUACAGAUAAUUGAUUUGAAUUUUCUUACAAAGAAUAAUGCAUUUGAAGAGAAUCAAAUCUUUGAAUUAUUGACAACAACAUUUCUCGGUAAGUAUUAA